AAGGGAGUUGUGAUCAUAUCGCUAAUUGUGAAUAAUUGCAAUGAGCACUGUAAUGCAUUGCAAGUGCAAAAUUCUUUCUAUUUGGCUGCGUCAAAUGCUUCAAAAUCAGUCCGUGGGUGGGCUGCUCACACUGGACUUGCAGUUUCCCCCUCAUCGAUUGAGAACAUUCGAACUUCAUUGAUAAAGAAUCAAAAGAUCUUGAACAAAAGCCUUGGUCGCACUCGCAUCGUGAACUUGGCAUAUGAUAAUUGCGACUUCAAGUUUGGGGUUGGCCAGCCAACGGACCUUAAGGACCGAACAUUCGAGAGCAUCACGACAGGCCUGUUCUUUAUGCCACCAAAGGAAGUGCUUCCUGAGCACUUAGAAUACGCCGAAACGAUAUGGAACACUCACCCAAACAAUCCC